AGCUCAGUCCCAGGAGCAUCCCGGCACCUCCUCUUGGAGUUGGCAACAACCAGGCGUCUAACCAAGAGCAAGCGGGAUAAAAGACACCAGCGAGAGCCAACAGCCGCGCCUCUGCUCUGCAUGUCCAAGCUGGGGGAAACACCGACACGGGAGACUUGGAGAGAUUUUGCUCAGCCGCUCGGCUCAGACAUUUGAGUUGAAGCUGCCGUGUUGCACACAUCAGCAGCCCCCGUCACCUGGGGUAGCCCGCUCGGCAGGAGGAUUUCGAGGCUCAGAUAGGCUCACUUGGACGCCUUGCCAUGGGGGACGUCGUUUCUUCUCACCUGGAUGAGAGCAAGCGAGAGAUGAUCACAGCUCGGACCAAGGCUGUGAUGAAAGAGUUUGGAGAUGUGUAUGAACAGCAGUACUCAGUGGCCCUCUUCAACAGUGUGCGCUAUGAGAUCGAAGGAGGAGGGGUCCCGCAGUCACAGCUCCUUCACAGAAAGGACCCUCUCGCGGGUAGAUCCAUUUUCUCAGGCAACCUGUUCCAAUACCUGGAGGAGAACAAGAAAUGGAGGAAUCGCUUCGUUCACGUGUCCCACACCUACACCAUCAGCCUGUACGAGAGCAAAACAGCACACGAGCGAAGCUUGCACCCGAAAUCGACCAUCAACUGCGCCGGCUACAAAGCCCUGAGCUCAAUGGAGGAAUACAUGGAACUGAUUAAUGCCAGUCUUCCAGGUAUCAAGGCCAAAGUCAGCAGUAGUCCAUUCAUAAAAUGUGCCACCCAGUUUCCCCUCAUCCUGUGGCAUCCGUAUGCCCGCCACCACUACUUCUGUGUGAUGACCGAGAAGGAACAGAAGAAGUGGCACGCUGUGUUGCAGGACUGUGUCAGACAUGCUAACAACGGUCUGUCGGAGGAGUGCAGAGUUCAGACCCCAGCCUUCACCGACACGGUGCGAUUGCACAGACAAGCCAAAGGACACUAUGGGACCUGGGAUAUGAUGUGUGGAGCGCCUCCGCAGAUCCUGGCUAACCUGGUGAUGGAAACCCUUCAUCCAGAGCUGAGAGACCUGAUUGGUCCUCGUCUGAAAGGAAAGAUGCAACAGAGACAGAGACAUUGGAUGCUGAUCUCGGAUGCAGUGUACAAGCAGGUGCUGAUGCAGACCACUGGUCAGUAUGACGCCUUGGUCCAAGCCUGUGAGGCCCAAACACCUCCGCUGGACGCUGCUCUGCGCACCGACAUGGACCAGAUCAUCACCUCCAAAGAGCACGUCAGCAGCAAGAUGCGAGCGAUGGUGUUGCCCAAGGCAGAGCAGCUCCUGCGGACCAGCGUCCAGCCCUACGUCAGCUCCAUCCUGGAGGCUUUGAUGGAGCCCACCAGCCGAGGUUUUUUUGAGGUCAGGGACAUUUUCUCGAAGGAGCUGGUCGAGAUGAGCAAGAACUCUCUCAACGGAGGGGGCAAGGACAAACUGGGAGAGCAAAUGGAAAGGCUGUCCAUGCUUGCCUUCCACCCUGUGAAGAUGCAGAGCAGCUAUGAGAACGUGGAGCAGCUAAAUCUGGAGGGGCUGCAGCAGAGGUUCGACGUCUCCAGCCCGUCCGUGUUUGUCCAGAGGGCUCAGAUCCUCAUGAGAGAGCAAAUGGACAAUGCAGUUUACACGUUUGAGCAGCUGCUUCACCAAUCACUGGAGACCCAGGGAGAAGAGGAUUUGUGUAAGACCAUCCAGCGAUGCCAAGACAGAGUAAUCAAGAAAUAUGAUUACGACAGCAGCACAGUGCGUAAGAAGUUCUUCAGAGAAGCUCUGCUCCAGAUCAUCAUCCCAUACAUGCUGAAGCAGCUCUCGCCAUCCUGCUCACCAGAGCUACCUCGUUUCCAGGAGCUCAUUUUUGAGGACUUUUCCCGUUUCCUGCUCGUGGAAAAUAUCUUCGAGGAGGUGGUGCUGCAGUCUGUCACCAAGGACAUAAUGAUGGCUGUGAAGGAGGCAGCUGUUCAGCGGAGACACAACCUUUACCGGGACAGCAUCGUUCUGACCAACAGCGAUCCCAACCUGCUGCUACUCGGGGAAAACCCCCCCGUGGAUUGGGCAGCCAAAUUUGGGGGUGAUGAGCCAGAGAGCUCGAAGGGUGGAGGUACUGAAGGAGGUUUGUCUGGGAGAAAACGCCGGCAGGUGGUGUCCAUGAUCCAGCUCGACGGGGUGCCUCUGCCCUAUGAGUCCUGCCUGGAAGUCCCAGGAGUGGAGCUUAUCCCCGAGGAGGAGGGUGAUGUCUCUGAGAUCGAAGGGGACAAGCUUUGGGAGAAUGCGGAGCAAACCGGGUCACCAAAGUCCCCGGACAGCGUGAAUAACAUCAGGAACCUCAUUAAUCCGGUGGUGGAGGUCGUGAUGCCAGUUUCAGAGGAGAACGAGACCAACCUGACCAAUGGGACAGAGCCGGCAUCGGGCACUGUUACCCUGGAGAACGGGGUCCAGGAGGAGGUGACAUGUAUCACCACUGUGGUGGAGGGCGUCCCCAGGAAGUCAGUCCGAGACAAGUCAUCCACACAGCAAAUGGUCCAGCAGCUGGUAGGAAACAGGAAGCAGGAAGUUGAUAAGGAAACCCAGGAAGACGUGGCCAUCGAGAAUGCCAUACAGGAAAUAGAGAUAGCAGUAGAGGAAGGACAGACUGCAGAGGUUUGUGAAGCAGAAUUAAAUGCUGAGCUGGCACAAGCCAAAGACUCCAAUCCCGAUGACGACAGCGGCUUUCAGUCACCGGCCAGUGAGGGUUUGGAUGAAAACAAGCCUACGCCAGUUACAAAUGGUCUGAAAGCAGAGGACAAAACAGUUGACCCAGCAGAGGUGGAAGUGGUUUUAGAGCAGGGAGACAAAACCCUGCAAAGUGACUCUGAAACUGGAGAAGACUUUGGUGAGAAAAUCACACAGAAUGCAUCAGAGGUUGUUUGUGAAAAUUAAUGAGAGAAAAGAGUUGUUUGUGUUUUUUUAGGGAUUUGAAUUAAGGGUUCAAUUUUAAGCAUCACUUACCCUUCAUCAUUGUUUGACCUGUUGCACAGUUCAUUGUACAGUUCAGCUACAAUUUUUUAGCAAUUCUCUCACCCUCUUUCAAAUCUGUGGCAUUUCUGUGGUGAUGGUUUGUCUCAUAAUUUCUUUACGCAGUUUAGUGAAUCUCAUCAUAUUUUUUUUCUUCCAAACCUUGUGUCCGACACUGAAUUCAACAUAUCCAAUCCAUUAGAGUUUUAAAUAUACACACUAUAACCCCCCAUAUAGAGAAGCUGGGGGUCCAUCAUAAUAAUCAAAAACCAUCAAGUAAGAAUCUGCAAGAUUUUUGUUUCGUGAAUUUGGUGAUAUGUGGUCAUUGCUGCAGUGUUUUGCACUCAGUGGAGACGCUGGCCUAGCGUAAUACAUAUGUACUUUGCUUCUUGUGGGAUUAUUGGAGUGCUUCUCACUGUAGUGUCUCACAGACUGAUGGUUUCCUUUUUUAGCACACUCACUGUGCUUGCUUCAUUUCAUUUUCACCUGAUGAAGUUUGAGUUUUUGUAAAUAAAGGUCAAGUGUUGUUUAUUCCAGACAAACUGCUGUUGCUGCUUAAAAUAUGAAACACUUCACCUCCAGUGCACCAGAGGAUUUUUUCCCCCCAGGAAAAAGGACAUUACUGUAAAGCAGCAAAUGUAAAAGCUCUAUGAACUACCUAUAAAUUGCAUCAACGUUGUAUGAUGUCAGUUAGUAAGAGCAGCAAAAUACACAUUUUUACAUAUUUAUAUGGAAAAGUUGCAGGUUAUUACUUUAAUUGUGGGUGCGGAGAGCUCUUUCCAGUUAAGACAGCCUCUAACUGAGCAGUAGGGGGCACUAUAAUCAACCUUAAGCUACAAACAGAUGUAUGGGGAUUUAUAUGUAGAAUUUUACUUUACUUUUGCCAUGUAUGUUUUUAAACAUCUAUUUUUGUAGUAAUAUUUGUUUAUUUCUGAAGCAUUUCCUGUUGCAAAUAUCCUUAAUGUUUCAACACGAGAUUAUUUGAGUACAAACUGUCAGGGAAAACUUGACACGUGUGUACUUGUGUAUGUAUGCAGUACAUAUUUUUUAACAUCCUUGGGGAAAAUGACAUGUUUUUUUCCAACUUUUGCUGUGGAACAUAGUAAAAUACAGUAAAUAAUUGCUGUUUACUCUACAAGAUCUCUGUGCGAUUUCCAUGAACCUUUAAUCUGAGGAUCUGAUCAUGAAGAGGGAGAAUACUCAUGUGGUGGUAGCACUCAAACCUCUGAGAAAACAUUUGACUAUCUUGCAGAGAAUUUUAUAUUGAACUCUAAUGCAGAGUAUCUGACAUUCAGUCAAACAUGACAGUGACUUAAUUUUCCUUCAAAGCACAAUCUCCCAUUGUUUAUUGUCACUUGGACUUGAAUGUCAUUGUUGUAUUACUAACAUGUUUUCGUUGUGGGUAACAAGCCAGUUUAUAACCUCAUCUUUAUAAAAUAGGGAAUAGGGAACUUCCCAGGAAUUAAUGCAACCAGCAGAAGUGUUAGUAUUAGUCAUUACUUCCCGUCCACACAAAAGUCAUUUUACUGGCUGUGGCGUGCUCAGUCAUGGCCUUUUGUCGACAUGAAACUGAAUAAUAACCCCAGAUUUACUGUUUUUAAUAAAGGGGAUAGUCAUAGUAAUGCGCUGCAUAAAACAUUGGUAUUGCUUCAUUAAGCAUCAAAGCAUAUUUCCUGUUCAGAUGUUUGCAUUAUUUCACUUCAGUGAUGGGCCUAAAUUAUGCAGUUUCCGACUGUUCAGCAAAAGUUUUUAGGGAUUGUCUUUUCUGUGUCACCAGCACCCGACACCUACACAGGAAACUACUGCACACCUUUACUUGUUCAUCCCCAUCUGUAGCUGACAAGAGACUGUAAUGUUAAUAUAUUGAGAUUAUGUGCUAAGGAGGUUGCAGUCUCUUCUUGUCCCCCUUCAAAUGUCCUUUCAGUUUUCUAUGAGGCACAACGUCCUGGUUUGAAUUAUCCAUUGCCAGUGUAUAAACUAUAUAAACUAAAAAGAUCUGUUGACUGUCACCUUCUCCUGUUUAUUUAUUAUAAAAUACAUAUCUGUGGUGUAACACGAAAUUGUCACAAAUCUUGUAUUUGUGGUUCUUUUACCUACCUUAAAUAUACA